CUCACCGGCGGUAACGGGGGGCGGGGGGAGAGAGAGAGAGACACGGUGUGAAGGUCCUCCUGCCGUCAGACAGGAGGGAGGGUACUGAGCUGGGCUGAACCCAAGGUUGGGUCGGAGUGAGGAUACACAAGGGUGGUGGGAGUAUGGAAUGAGUUGCUCGGAAGAGGCUAGUACAAUUACCACUUAAGACAUCAGGCUGGAAAAAUAGGACUAAAUGCUGACAAAUGGGACAAGAUUAACUUCGGAUAAGUGGUUGGUGUGGACGAGUUGGACCAAAGUAUCAUCUUCCAUGCUGUACAUCUCUUUGCAAUCUUUUCUAAAUUCACAUUAUAUAAUACUCAUAAGAGUGAAAAGCUGGAUGGAAAAUCUUCUGUUUGAACAUGGCAAAUCCUUUACGAAGUGAAGUAAUAAAACUGUAUAAACAAUUGCUGUACCUUGGCAAAGAAUAUCCAAAAGGAGAAGACUACUUCAGAGACCGUCUUAAGGCAGCUUUCAUUAAAAAUAAAGAUGUUACAGAUCCUGAGCAAAUAAAGGCAUUAAUAGCUCGAGGAGAAUUUGUGAUAAAGGAACUGGAGGCAUUGUAUUACCUUAGGAAAUACAGAGCUAUGAAACAACGUUAUUAUGAAGAGAAGAAUGAGUGAUCUUUUGAUGGGGCAACUUUAACACCUCAAUUUAAAGAUGUACUUGUAUACAAAUACACUGCAUUAUCUCUGGGAUUCAAUCAAAUUGUCUGCAUCUAUUUGCAUGUCUCAAUGCUGUGUUUAAAAUUGGUUAAUUAAGAAUGGUACUUUUAAGAAGCCAUUGCUAUAACGUUCAAAAUUCAAACAUUUUUAGAAUACAAGUACUAAUGCUGCUCAGUAUUCAGAUCUUGCUAUGUUAGCAUUAUCUGCAUGCAACCUGAUCAUAGUUAGAUACACCUGUCAAUCCAAACUAAUUUAAUAAUGUUGGCCUUUGAUCAAGACUAUUGCUGCCUAAUUGUGCCAUGAUCAAAAAUACAGCUCUCAUUUUAAAGGUAAAAAAGUUUUUAAAAAGUCUGAUUAAUGAACACUUAAUUACAAUGCAAAUACUAACCAACCACCAUACAACAGUUGCCAUUUUAAGCAACUGAAUAUGUACUGUAAGUGAUAAUAAAACUGGUGCGAAGAAGUUUGUUAAUA